GGCUUAUGUUUGGCUCAACAAUGUUCUUCGGAAAACAUUCCCAGAAGGCUUCAAAAUAGUGAACACUUAAAAAAAAACAUGGGGACCUUCUGGGUCUUUUUUAUUAAUUCUUUCUUUGUGCACCAUUGUGAUUGCAGUUUUUCAGGUUCUGGAAGACUUUCUCUGUUGAUACUGGCAACAUAUCACAGGAGAGACACCAUUUCCAGAAUUUACUGUUACAUUGAUGUUGGAUGAUGUUCAAAUUGGUUACUUUGACUCAUCAGUUGAGAAGCUAGUUUUUUUCAGACAAGAAGGAACCAAAAAGGAAAAGCACAUACUUCAGGAUGGAGUACAUGCAUUAAAUUACCAUUACUUUGCAAUGCAAGAAAGAAUGAGUUCUCUAACACAAAGCUUUAAUUUGACCACAGGGAUUCAUGUAUAUCAGAGAAUAGCAGGAUGUGAAAUAAUGAACAACAGUCCAUAAGCCCUAAUGGCAGGAGAUGCUUGUGAUGGAAUUGAUGUUGAUAGAUUUCAUUACAACAUGACACACUAUGCAUACUCUACUGGAAAUACAAUAUUGCAGUUGCAAUUCAAUGAAAUAGAGUUCAUUCAUGAAAAAAUUACACAAACAUUCCACUUACCCGCUUGUGUAAAGGGUCUGAAAUAUUUACUAAAAAAAGAAAAGAAAUUGGUGCUUUGUAGGGUGUGUCCCAGAGUCAGGUUCAUAACGAAGGCAGUCCCUGGAGGGGCUCAGGUGAGCUGCCUGGCCACUGACUUCUACCCCCGACACAUCAACCUGACCCUGCUGAGGGACGGCCAGGCUGUAGCAGAGCAGGAGCUCACAGGGGGGGCAGUGCUGCCCAACAUGAAUGGACUGUACCAAGUCAGGAAGACCCUGGACAUCACCUCCAAGGAGCUGAGAGAGAGACACAACUACACCUGCACCGCUUCUCACCUCAGUAUGGACAACAGGCUGGACAUCAGCUGGCAACCUGAGUUUUCACGUGAACAUCGUCUGACCAUCCUUUCCAGCUCAGUGGUGUUGAUGGUGAUGACUGUGAUGGUUCUCAGCAUUGUCAUGUGCGUGACGUGGGUGAGGAAGUGUGCUGACUCCAGGUCGGCUCUGCAAAAGCCUGCUAACAUCGACGCCCCCCCCUGAACAAGAACUCAUCCACUCAUUCUGACGAGUGAUAUAAACUGUUAUUUAAAACUCUUACUAAAACUGAUAAUGAUGUACAAUUGGUUUCCCGUCUGCCUGCAGUACAUGUUUCUUAAGACUAUCUUUCAAAAAGAGCCCAAGAGAGUCUCAUUCUGUAUACAGAUGUAUCACUCUGCAGUCUGUACACACACAUGGGGUCAAACCAGAGUCUUAAUGAAAGCUGAUACACAAUGCAACACAUGGACAGUGCAUGUACAGCAUGCACCCAGCAUACACACACUGUGCACACAUAUGCACAACGUUUUGACCAAAAUGUGUUACAGAAGUUUGCAAUGACAGAUUGUAAUAUUUCAUCUGAUUAUGGACAGUACAGUAAUGUAUCACACCAUGAGUUGAGUGGAUGCUUGGUUCAGUGUAGUCAACCAAAUUUACAGUCCUGUAGUUUAAAACAAAUCACAAUUUCCUUCAUGUCCGUAACACUGAAGUUUGAACUGACAUCAAAAAGGUUUUUGUGACCAAAAAGACUAGUGGGCUUCAGCUCCUAAUAUGGAGAUGAUACUUUUGAAAUCCUGCCAGCCACCAUAUAAACCCCUGCCAGCUCUAUCCCACCCCUUCCCUCUCCAGCCCCCUCCGUUCCACAUCCUGCCCCCUCCAUUCCCCUUCAGUGAUCCCUGUGCAGAAGACACAGUGAGUCAGCGGAAACAUAAAGUGCAUCCCACCAGCAUCUUGUUACACUCACCCUCUUGAGAUUUCACAGAUGUCACAAAUGGAUCACAUGCUUGACUGAGCAGUUACCCCCGACUUCUUCACUAUUCUUCGAGUCGCACGCUCUUAUGGCUUAUGUGAGUUCUUUUUGUCCUGCAAAAUGUUGUGUUCACAGGUACAUAUUUGAGAAGAAUGCAAAAAGUGCUGAAUAGACAGAAAUGUAGCUCUGUUUGCAACAUUUCUUUCAUAACCUUUGCCAUCUCAUUGCAAUCCGGUAAUCAAUGGAAAGUGCCAAUGUGGUCGACUAUUGGCCCAGUUGCUUCUCUAUGCCUUUAUCUCAUUGACUUGAAGAAGACAUGCUGAUCAUUGUGACCUUUUGUGGGUGAGUGUGUUGGAUAACCAAAUGCAUACUGAAUCAUCACUAAAAAUAAACUUCGAAAGUUCACUAUUAUGUCAUAGCA